AUGUUAUGUGGAAAAUAUUUUUCGUUAUAUUUCUUAAGUUUAUUUAUUUUUAAAUCUACAACAGUCUAUGGAUUAAUAGAUCCAAUCACAGGAAGUUUUGUUGUAGGAGCUUUUGUGACAGGAUACUUCCUAAAUAAAUCAAACUUUGUAUUCCCUUAUUUUGGUGGAUGUCCUAAAACAUUUAAAAUUAAAGAUUUAGAGCAUGACAUGAAAAAAAGUUUUUUUGGGCAACAUAUUGCAUCAAAAAUUGUAGUAUCUGCUUUGGCAGGUAAUUUGCGUCGUAGCGGAAAUAACAAGAAACCAUUAGUAAUGAGUUUCCAUGGUUGCACCGGUUCUGGCAAAAAUUUUUUAUCAGAUUUAAUUGCUAAACAUAUGUUUGAUUCGAAAAAAGUUAAAGAAUUACGAUAUCGUGUUAUUCAUGGACGAUCUGAAUUUCCUGUGCAAUCAAAAAUAAACGAUUAUAAGGAAAAACUUUAUUCUGAUGUGAAAUCCGCUAUACAAUCGUGUGAUACAAAUUUAUUUGUUUUCGAUGAAAUCCAUUAUAUACCUAUGGGUAUAUUAGACAUACUAAUACCUAUUCUUGAAAAUAAUGACAUGUCCGUGGAUUCUAGGAAUACAAUUUUUAUAUUUUUAACUAAUACAGGCAGUGAUUCUAUUAUCAAAAAAUACUUAGAUCUCUGGGUUAAAGGAGUUUCAAGAGAGUUGAUGAAAGUUCAAGAUUUUGAUACCAUUUUACUAAAAUCUGCUUUCAAUGAAGAAGGAGGGUUGAAGAAAAGUGCAAUAAUAGAUUCCCAUAUUAUUGAUCAUUAUGUUCCAUUUUUACCACUCGAAAAAGUUCAUGUGCAACAAUGUAUCGAGGCAGAGUUGAAAAAUUUAAAAAAACAUUUGGAUUCUGAAGCAAAAAGGUAA